CAUAUUUCGGUAGAAUAAUUUUAAAGAAUACAAAUAAACUUGAUUUUUUUUAAAUGCUUUUGAAAAUUAUCAUUUUAAUUUAUGGAUUGAUUAUUAUACUAAUUUAUCGAGAAGGAAAUACUUUGAAUUAUUUAUCGCAGGAAUGUGAUAGUAAAUCAGAAUGGGGCCCAUGGCGUUGUCCUGGUAUAAGAACAAAAUGUACUGCUAACAUUGCAACACGUUAUAAAUGCAUCGGUGGAAAUUGUACAAGUGAUAGUUUAUGUGCUAAACUUGAAAAUCAUACUCAAUCAGAUUCCUGCGUAAAAGUUCUUCAACGUGGUGAAUGUGAACCUUGGUGGACCAAUUGGUCAUCGUGGUCUAAAUGCACAACAACUUGUGGAUUCCCUGAAAAACAUCGUUCCCGGUUUUGUACAGGAGCAUUUAAUUAUAAUAGUUACAAAUUUAAGGUAAAAGAUUCAAUUUUAAAAUCUUGUGCAUCUAUCGAAAGAAUACACGAAGGAGUUGAAAAAGUCUCUUGUCCUGUAAGUCGCCUAUGUUCAGCUGUUAAUGGUGGUUGGAGUCAAUGGAGUGAAUUUACUGAAUGUUCUGUUACAUGUGGCAUAGGAAAACGUGUUCGACGUCGUCACUGUGAUCAUCCUAGACCACAAGAAGGUGGGUUAUACUGCAUAG